UAACGACCGUUUCGGAGGGCGCGAGCGAGGUCCCGAGGCUGACCGCUGUGGCUGCGGUGGCAGUGCAUCCCCUGUUAUUGCAGCGUACACACGUCUGCAACUCAGCACAAUAACUAGCGAAGAUGAUAUUGCGACAAAGUGUGGCACUCUUGAUCGUGGCUGCGGUCGCUCUGGGGCAGAGCCAGAGCCGGAGGGCAGACCCAACCUAUGCCGGAUGGAAUGUGUUGGAAGUGAUGUCAUUACCCCCGGUUCUGAAUCCAGAAACCUUUGGAUUUCCCAGUCACAUAGACCUCCUCAGCUUCAACACAGGAACCGGUACAACCAUAUUAGCAGUGGCCCAGGAUAAGCUGACUCAGUUCAUACAAACAUUAACGGAUUCCGGCGUGGCCUUCCAAACCAAGAUACAAGAUCUCUCCCAAUUGUUCUUAUCACCUCUUACGUACGACAUGACAAGGCGUCUCCCGAGAGGUGACGCAACCUUUGAUCGCUACAUGUACUACCAAGAGAUCGUGUCCUACAUCGAAGGGCUGUCCUCCAGGUACUCAAAUAAGGUUCAGGUUGACAAGAUUGGCCAGAGCGUCGAGGGCAGACCUAUAUAUCUCAUUACAAUCAACAAGAAAACCAAAACCCGAAAAGUCGACAAACCUGUUAUAUUCAUAGAAGCAGGGGCGCACGCGAGGGAGUGGGUGUCCCCGGCCUCGGCGCUGUACCUGGUGGAGCGCCUGCUGGAGAGCCCGUCCCUCCUGCGCAAUGCCGAGUGGCGCGUCGUCCCGCUGCUCAACCCCGACGGCUACGUCUACUCCUGGAACCAUGACCGACUGUGGAGGAAGAACCGCGCCCCUUCAUCUGUUCCCGAAUGCUUUGGUGUUGACUUGAACCGAAACUUUGACUUCUACUGGGGAGGAGUUCAGGCCAGUAUGGACCCAUGCUCUGACCUCUACCAGGGCUCAAACCCGUUCAGUGAGCCUGAGACCAGAGCGCUGAGGAAAGCCGUCUCUGCGGUUAAGAGAAGAACCAAGGCAUACGUGUCGCUUCACUCCUACGGGCAAACAUUCCUGUAUCCUUGGAGCUACUCCAGAGCCAGCAAUAGCUCCAAAACUAGAGAUCUGAUAAAUUUAGCAGACGGAAUGGCGAGGAAGGUCGAAGCCGCCGGUGGGACGCGCUACAAUAUUAGCGGAAGCGGAGUUUCACUUCUCGUCGGAGGGGCGUCUGACGACUGGGUGGCGAGCCAGGGCGUCCCGUACGUGUACACCAUGGAGCUGCGUGACAAGGGCGAGACCGUCUUCCACCUUCCCGAACAUCUCAUCGUCCCAACGGGGGAAGACGUCUGGACUGCCAUGAAGUAUCUCGGGAGGAAACUUCGGUACAGAAAGAAGAAUAAGAGGAACUAAGAGCAGUUCUCAAGACGAAGAAAAACUGCGAGGAAGAAAUUGCCGUUUUCAGCGUUGAGUAUUUAUAUUAGAUUGAGAGAGAUUAAUGGUGCAGGCGAGAGCAAUAAUGCUAAUUACGAUUAUGGUGAAUAUGAGGAGAGAAAAAAAUGAAGUGAACAAAUUAAUUGCAGUAAAUUCAGACACAGGACAUCUUGCCAACAAAACAAUCGGAGGAAUGAAUACGAUAAAGAAAAGUUCAGAAUUUUCAAGCCUGUAAGGGCAGAGAGACACUCGCUCUGCUGAAGAGACGUGAUACCAACAGCUAUGUUAGGAAGUGCUAGAAAUGGAGUGGCAUUUUAACAAACAAAACGGUUUCUCCUCCAAUUAGAAAACAAAAUUUCAACCUACACUUUGUAAUAUUAUAAUAUUGUUAGUUAUUGAUGUAGUUUAUUUAUAUAUUUAUCACUUCUAUAAUAUCUAUAUAAAUUACUAAUAAAAAUUACUGCGUUGUAAAUCUCAGAUAUGAUUAAAACCAAAAUCGGG